CGUACACAAAAAAAACUACUUCCAAGAUGUCUGACAUGGAGGAUGACUUUAUGUGCGAUGAUGAGGAAGAUUAUGACUUGGAGUAUUCUGAAGAUAGUAACUCCGAGCCGAAUGUGGAUUUGGAAAAUCAGUACUACAAUUCCAAAGCAUUGAAGGAGGAUGAUCCUAAAGCAGCACUGAGCAGCUUCCAAAAGGUAUUGGAACUAGAAGGUGAAAAGGGAGAGUGGGGAUUUAAAGCACUCAAACAAAUGAUUAAAAUCAACUUUAAGUUGGGUAACUAUCCAGAAAUGAUGAACCGAUAUAAACAGCUGCUAACAUACAUUCGGAGUGCAGUCACAAGGAAUUAUUCAGAAAAAUCCAUCAAUUCCAUCCUUGAUUAUAUAUCCACUUCUAAACAGCAGCAGAAGUCGAUGAAGAGGCAGGGUAGCAACGGGGGAAUCGCAGAAACGGACCUGAAAGCUUGCUUUGGAGGGGAAGCUGAAUCCAAGAUGGAUUUGUUGCAAGAAUUUUAUGAAACUACACUUGAAGCUUUGAAAGAUGCAAAGAAUGAUCGAUUAUGGUUUAAGACAAACACGAAGCUUGGCAAGCUGUAUUUGGAGAGAGAAGAAUUUGGGAAACUACAGAAAAUAUUACGCCAGCUCCACCAAUCAUGUCAGACUGAUGAUGGUGAGGAUGAUUUGAAGAAAGGAACGCAACUAUUAGAAAUUUAUGCCCUUGAGAUCCAGAUGUAUACUGCACAAAAGAACAACAAGAAAUUAAAAGCACUGUAUGAGCAGUCUUUACACAUUAAAUCUGCCAUCCCUCAUCCACUUAUCAUGGGAGUUAUUAGAGAAUGUGGUGGUAAGAUGCACUUAAGAGAAGGAGAAUUUGAAAAGGCACAUACUGAUUUCUUUGAGGCGUUCAAGAAUUAUGAUGAAUCAGGAAGCCCUAGACGUACCACUUGCCUGAAAUAUUUGGUUUUGGCUAAUAUGUUGAUGAAGUCAGGCAUUAAUCCUUUUGACUCUCAGGAGGCCAAACCAUACAAGAAUGAUCCAGAGAUUCUUGCAAUGACAAAUUUAGUAAGUGCCUAUCAAAAUAAUGACAUCACUGAAUUUGAGAAGAUUCUGAAAACCAAUCACAGUAACAUCAUGGAUGACCCCUUCAUAAGGGAGCACAUAGAAGAGUUAUUGAGGAACAUCAGAACACAAGUCCUGAUAAAAUUAAUAAAGCCUUACACGAGGAUACAUAUACCAUUUAUCUCAAAGGAGUUGAACAUAGAUGUAGCUGAUGUAGAGAGCUUGUUGGUGCAAUGCAUACUGGACAACACUAUUCAUGGUCGGAUUGAUCAAGUCAACCAGUUGCUCGAGUUGGAUCAUCAGAAAAGAGGAGGGGCCCGGUAUACUGCAUUAGAUAAAUGGACCAAUCAGCUUAACACGCUCAACCAAGCAGUUGUCAGCAAAUUGGCUUGAUGCAAUUUAGGCUUCUACAGUAACACAAUAAGGAAAAAAAUGCAGUGAUGUAAACCUUAAAAACUGAGAACGGCUGAUCUGCUGUUGGUUGGCCCUGAAGACUACCAGAGCUAUGGCAGAAGUGCUUUUUGAUCAACUGGUUUGUGUUUUGUUGCUGCAUUUGUCCCAAGACACAGCUUUAAUCUGAAGAAAACCAAACUGCUACAGGACUUGUGGUUUCUCCACAAUGUGCCCUCCAUCGUAAGGGAAAAAUCAGUCCAAGAGCUGUUAGUGUCAAAAUUUUAAAACAGACUCUUCACUUUGGUGACAUCUAAAUAUUUUAGCAUUAGAAAAUAUCUAUCUGAAAUGUUAAACCAAACUGCAAUAAUUUGAAAUGUGUACCAGUUUUUGGAGAUACAUUCUUUCAUGUACGAUUUGGCACGGUUGCGUCAUUCUACAAAAUGUUUUGUCAACUUCCAAGUUAUGUGGCCCAUGAGUUCUCUGUACCUCCAGUAUAGUAAAACAUUAGACAGGAACCUUCAUCUGUGGCACACUGUCACAUUAGGAUUGAAGCAGCAAAAUAAAAUACAGCUCAGAAAUUGGAAAUGCUGUAAUUUUGGAGUGCUUCCAUUUGUUUUUUUUUCUUUCUCAACAAUUCAAAUAAAAAGCAUGCACACGU